GUUGCUCGCCUCGCGCGUAAGUGCAACGCGACGCGACGCGACGCGACGCGACGUGAUCGUGAUGUGAUGUGAUGCGACGUGCGCCCGUCACGUCCGCUAAAACCGCACCGCUCGUCCGGACUCGCCGAAAUAUGUAAAUACGCGGUCGCGCGCGCGCGCUGUCUGUCUCUCUCUCUCGCUCGCUCGCUCACGUAUCAGCUGUCCGUUUCCUCCGGAGUCAUCCGGAGUUCACGUCUCUCCGCCGCAUCGCGCGGCCGACAAUCCGCGCGCGGGUGGUGAUCUCUAACUCGGCGAUCGCGAGCGAUGUCGGAGGUACGCAAGAGAACGGCCGUCGGGGGCGACGCGACGUCGUCGGCGGCGACGCGGGACGUCAGCGACGAUCAGAAGGAAGAUGUCGAAUCCGAAGAUGAUGCGAAAUUGGAGGUAGAGGAGUUAGCAAAGAGUCUACCUCAAGGAACUGACCAUACCCCACAUAUUUUAAGUUCUGUUCUCUCCGGUCUUCCAGAUCGUUGGCGAAAUUGGAUAAUUAGAACCAUUUUCACUUGGUUUAUGAUAGCCGGGUUUUGUCUCAUUAUUUACGGGGGUCCGUUAGCGUUGAUGAUUACAACGCUGAUUGUACAAGUGAAAUGCUUCGAAGAAAUCAUUAACAUUGGAUACGCUGUAUAUAGGAUCCAUGGUCUACCAUGGUUCAGAUCUUUAUCGUGGUAUUUUUUGAUUACCUCGAAUUACUUUUUCUAUGGUGAAAAUUUAAUGGACUACUUUGCGGUGGUGAUUAAUCGAACGGGAUAUCUACGUGUGCUCGUUACAUACCAUCGGUUUGUCUCAUUCUGUCUUUACAUUGUUGGCUUCGUAUGGUUUGUACUCUCACUCGUGAAAAAAUAUUACAUGAAGCAGUUUUCCCUGUUCGCCUGGACGCACGUCGCGUUACUCAUUGUUGUUACGCAGAGCUAUCUUAUCAUCCAGAAUAUAUUCGAAGGAUUAAUAUGGUUCAUUGUACCUGUUAGUAUGAUUGUUAUAAACGAUGUGAUGGCAUACAUGUUCGGCUUCUUUUUCGGUCGCACACCACUGAUAAAAUUGUCCCCGAAGAAAACUUGGGAGGGCUUCAUCGGUGGCGGUAUUUCGACCGUCAUACUUGGAUUACUGAUGUCCUACGUCAUGUGCCAGUAUCGCUAUUUCGUCUGUCCUAUCGAGUACAGCGAAGCUCUCGGAAGGAUGACUAUGGAUUGCGAACCGUCGAGCUUAUUUCAGCCGCAAGAGUAUACGUUGCCAAGCAGUCUUCAAGUGAUGUCAAGAAUGUUAAAUGGGAAGCCCACCUUGACGCUGUAUCCAUUCGUUCUACAUUCGUUGUCGUUGUCGAUAUUCAGCUCUGUAAUCGGCCCGUUUGGAGGAUUCUUCGCUAGCGGAUUUAAACGAGCGUUUAAGAUCAAGGACUUCGGCGAUGUAAUUCCCGGCCAUGGUGGGAUAAUGGAUAGGUUUGACUGUCAGUAUUUAAUGGCAACAUUCGUGAAUGUCUAUAUUUCUUCAUUUAUUCACACAGCCUCGCCUCAAAAAUUAUUACAGCAGGUUUACAGCCUCAAGCCAGAGCUACAGCUGCAAAUAUAUCAAACCCUAAGAGAUUCAUUGGAACAUAGGGACGUUAUACACAGAUGACAAUGCCAUCAGUAUCAAAUAAUUGUAAUUGUAAUAAUUUGUUAAACUGUGACGAAGUUUAUUUUGUAAUUUAUAGUCGUAUAAGGGUCAUAUGAUAAUGAUAGUACUGUCUAAUUGAAAAUCAACGUGGCCAGAGAUGAGAUAGAGAUUUUUGCUAAUCUUAUUUUUUUAUUUUAUUUUUUAUUAAAAGAGAUGAAUUUCGAUAUUAGAGAAAAAGAGCAUUUCUUUAAUAUAAUCGAUCUUUUAUGGAUCUCGUAUUAUUAAAAAUACUUUUAUUUAUACAUUAGAAUUGUAAUGCACAAGUCACAAAUAUCGGAGUAAAAGUUGUAAUAUGCUACUGUGAUUAACUCUGGCCUAAGAGUGUAAUCAGUUGGAUAGGUCUAUCAUAAUUUUAACUAUUUUCGUGCAUUCCAUUAGAUAGUUGAAUUUCUGUCGAAUGCGAUAGUUUAUAUUAAACUGCGGCAUAGCUGGAAAUAUGAGAUAUUUUUUUCUAAAAAAGAAAAUUGAACCAAAGAAAAUAAUGAAGAUCCAGUGUUAUACAUAGCAUUUAUUGCAAAAUUUUCUCCAUUUUCUAUAUAAAAAAAAACCGCCUGUUUUUCAAUUAGGUAUUACAAGAUAUAGACCAAGAGAACCAAAUGAUAUUUUUAUGUAAUAUAUAUUCUAUUUAAAUGAAAUAUAUCUUUACUUAUAAUACGCAGAUCUCAGUAGUUUCUAUUCGUAAUCGAAUUACUGUAAUUGCAUUUGAAAUCCGAUGCAGUAGAAACGAAUCUCUCGUUUUGUACAUAUGCAUAAUGCGUUUUAUUCUUUUAUGUAAAAUUUAUAUGAGAAAUGUUAAUAAUUCUAUGAGUAAUCUUUGUUUCAAUGAAAGGCAUCCGUUUUGUUAAAUUAUAAUGUUUCUUGCUAUGUAUAAGGGAAAAAUGCCCUACUAAUGUAUUUCUACGUUACAUACAUGUACUGUCGUUGAUGUUGUUGGGAUAACGGUUCUAUUUAGGAGUUUAGCAUUAUGCUUUCUUCUCUUCGUGUCGGAUAUAUUUGUUUAGCGGCUGUAAAAUAAACAAUUAGUCAUUUAUCUCUAGAUUAUAUUCAAAUAAAGUUAUUUGUAUUUAUAUUUUAUAUAAAUCGUUUUUUUUAAUUAUAUUAUUAUCGGAAUCUAGAAGAAAUUUUUUGAUUGAGCUGAAUUUUGGACAGAAGGGGUGGCCGACUUGACAAAGAAUUAUGCCCCAUAUAUAUAGCACACAUAGUGAGAGAAAAAGAUUAUUUAUAAAAAUGAUUAUUCAGGCAAAAUCGAUUUCUGUUUAUCAAUCGUCAUUUCUACUAGCUGGAAAGUAUGAUUAAUAAAUAGAAAUGGAUCUGUGUCUGUAUUACUGUUUGUAUUAGUGUAGUGGAACAAUUCUGUGGUGUAUUAUAUAAUUGAUGAAAAUAUGGCCAGGCUACUAUAAUUAAUUAAUAUCUAAUUUGCCUUGCCGUGUAAUAUGUGGAAACAUCUAAGCGGACAUUAGUUGAGAGAUGACGGUAGGAAUCGGAUCCUUUUGAUAGGUGUUAAAAAUUAUAACUUUUACUGUACUUUUCCCGAUUAGUUCCGAUCCACUUGUGUCCGUAAUUGUGCCAAUCUCUUGCUUGACGAAUGUUAGAUAAUCUUACGUAAAUUAUUACUUGCACGGAAUCGAUGUGUGGCACAAUCAAAACUAGCUUUCUGUGAUUAGAUUGACGUAAAUUAAGUACGCGUAAUAUGAACUAUGCGUUGCGUAUCGCAAAUUGAAAUGUGCUUGGAUCUCAAUAUUAUUGUCUUGGAAAUAGCGAACGAAUUCAACAAAUGUGCAUGCCAUUUCUAUCAGUUCAUGCAAAAACCAAUUCAUCUCUCUGUCGCCUCGCACUUCGAUCUUAGUUUCAGUAUUGCUAUUGUUCCACGUAUUGACGAUAAAUAUUGCAAGCAUCUAUUCUUCCGUUCGUUCGCUACUUGAAAGUUCUAUUUUUCAAUUGAACGUUCAAACGUAUCUUACGAAGAGAACAUAUGACGUAUUACAAAUAAAAAAUAUUCUGUUUGUAGAUUCCUUUUUAUUUCUUAUAUAAAACGACGUUUCUAUAGCGAAAACUUAUGUUUAGAAUUAAUGAAGAGAGAUAUUAUAGUGGCAGAUAAAUGGAUCAAACAUAUAUAUUACAUAUAUGUAUGUUUAUUUAAUAGAAAAUAUAUGAAAGAAAAGGUAUAUAUAUGUAAAUGUAAUAGAUGGAAGUUAUUUAAAGAAAUAUGUUACAAAUUACGUACAGUUUUAGACGCAAGAUCGAUGACUUUAAGUUUUAAUAUAUGAUGAUAAAUUUAUGUAGAGAUAAAAAAAAUAAAUAAAAUACUGAAAGAUUAA